GAGUAUCGCAAGAUGCCGCCACUGUACGCAUUGGAUGAUUACUCAGAGUGCCUGCUGCAGCCUGAGGGCUUGUACUGCGUGGCGGACUAUCAUCUCUUCUCCAACGCACACUCGGACCUCAUGCACUUUAUACAAGAAUACUCAGCAUUCAAAAGGAAACAUUACAAUUAUACAUUAAUACACAGAGGCACCUGCGUUUCGAUUACCUGUAGAGAUUACAUUCAUAGAAUAAAUGAAACAGGGGACCUAGAGAUGAUCCUUGGAGAAUGCCUCAACGAAUCCCUAUGGAGAAGCCACAAGCUAGAAGCAAGUUUGGCUGAACUAAAAUAUUGCAAGAGUGCCGAAGAUAAAACGAUUCUCGAGUUAAGUGAUUUCCUUGUAGCUGCUGUUUAUGUUAUUUUAAUUACGCUAAACAUAAUCGGAAGCUUUUACGACAUCUUGUUAUGCGAAAAAGACAGUAAAACAGGUAUUAAACUUAUAAUUAUCAACAAUUGCUCAACAUUUAUGAUUAAAUACUCUUACUUAGGAAACCCGUACUUGCUAUCGUUUUCAAUGAGGCGCAACUGGUCGAAGCUUACCGCGCCAGGUGGAAGCGGACCUGACUCUAGGAUGGAACGAUUGAAAUUAUUCAAUGGAUUAAGAGCAAUGACGUCAGUCUGUGUGAUAUUCUCUCACGCUGCACUAAUUUUGUCCACGUCAUACAUCGCGAACCCGCGUUUUGUUGAACAGAUAUAUGACGAUCUGUCAAAACAAAUGCUUCUCAACGGCAACUUUGUGACGCACACAUUUUUCGUAAUGUCCAGUUUUCUGUUGGCGUACAACUUACAGAUACAGUCUGAAAAAACUGAAAUUACUUGGAUACAUAUACCAAAAGGCAUUCUGUUAAGGUGGAUCAGAUUAACUCCAUCAUACGCUCUAGUGAUAGCUACAAUCAGUACAUGGAUGCGCUACAUGGGCAGUGGCCCAAUGUGGGACCUGAUCGUGGUCAGUGAGGCCAACUACUGCCGCCACUAUUGGUGGGCCAACAUAUUCUACUUCAAUAACUACAUCUAUAAAUAUGACAUCUGUUUCCCGCAUGGAUGGUAUCUAGCAGCCGACACACAGAUGUUCUGCAUCAGCCUGAUCCUGCUGGUGCUGGUGCAGAAGCCCCAGCACCGGAAGGUGGCACUGGUUCUCCUCUUCCUCUUGUCACUGCUCAUCACCGCCGCGCACACUUACUUCCAGGAUCUGACUGCUAUCCUUUUACAGUCUCCUGAGACUAUCCGUACUCUUUACAAGGAUGACGAUACGUUUAAUUUAUCGUUCAGCCGAGGGCACACCAACUUCUCGACCUAUACGCUGGGCCUCGCGGGAGGGAUCCUUACUUACUACUGGCAGACCAAUGGAAAGGACUUCACUAAAUACAAGAAGUACCGGUGGCUGGUGUGGCUCGUGUUCCCGCUAGGUGUGGCCAUCAUCCUGUCAGGCACCCUGUUCUUCACUGACGGCGAGGGUCAGAGCGCGGUACUGCGCGUCGGCUACGCUGCGCUGAGCAAGCCGACGUUCCAACUGCUUAUGCUUAUAUUAAUCAUCGGCAGCAUCUUUAAAAUUGAGACGGUAUACCGUGGUAUAAUAGAGUGGCGCGGCUUUGCCUGGGCGGGGCGCGUGUCGUACAGCGCUUUCUUGCUACACACCCUCUUCCAGAGAGGCGUCGUGGGAUAUCAGACCACACCCCUAUAUUUAUCCGACUUUUUCAUAUUUAUGAUGUUAUGUGAGUCAGUUCUCUUGUCCUUUCUACUGGGGACAGUCCUCUGGCUGGCGGUCGAGGCGCCGAUCGGAGGACUGACGCGCGCGCUGCUCGCUCCACGAAACAAAAAUAAACUUUAACCUUGUACAUAUGUAUAAUGUAAAUACAUUUAUAAACACAAAUACUAAAUUACAGUUAACUGUUUUUUUAAUGCUAUGUCUGACAAAUUGGUCCAUGCGUCAGGUGACCUAAGAGCUGGCGCUUAUUUGGCCCAAGGGUUAAGCCUUGCUAUCCAGAGGGGUGAUAGCGCUAGUGUAUUGGGUACCUUGCCUCUGGGUGAACAAUUAGAUGGUGUGUAUUUGUUAUAAUUAUUUUAUUACACUUUACACUAAUAUUAUAAAGGCAAAAGUUUGUGUAUAAGUGUGUAUGUUUGUAAGUGUGCAAGUAUGUUUGUUCCUCUAUUACGCUGCGGCUACUGAGGCGAUUUGGCUAAAAUUUGGAAUGGAAAUAUAUUUUACUCUGGAUUAACACAUAGGAUACUUUUUAUCUCGGAAAAUUACA